GCGUCACCCAUCAGGUCAUCUUCGGCGCACGCCGCACGUAGCAUUUGAAUUCUGGGCAAGGAAUGGCCACCCGCGUAGCCGCCGCCACCCUCGCGUUCCUCCUCCUCACCGCGGCCGCCGCCACCGUCUCCGCCGCGGCGUCGCCCGCGUCGCGCAAGGUGCUGCAUUGGAAGGACUACCUCGGCUGCCCCCGGGACGCCGUCAAGCUCGGGGCCUGCGUCGGCGCGCUCGGCGCCGCGGGCCUGCAGGCCGGCGCGCAGCUCGGGGACAAGUGCUGCGACGUCGUGCAAGGGCUCGCGGCGGCGGAGGCGGCCGCUUGCUUCUGCACCACCAUCAAGGAGAGCGUGCUCGGCAUCCCCACGGAGUGGACCGUCGGCGUCGGGGCCCUGGCCAGCGCCUGCAAGUCGGAGCUACCCGACGGCUUCAAGUGUGUCUGACACUCUGACCAUGCAUGGUCACGGAUGCAUCUGUGCAUGCUCUCUGAUGCGGCACUUGCUGUCCAUGUGAAACCUUGUUCGCUUUGCUGUCCGACGAAGUAACAUUGCAUCCAUCAUUGGCCUUUCGCCAUCUGCAACUGCAAGUUUGGUCAAAUGUGUACCCGUAAAUUCGUUUGUUCUGCGUGGGAUGAAGAGUCUAUAGGUUGCUGUAAAGUAUAUGUGCCUCGAAUAAUUUGGAGAUCGAUCUGAUCUGAGAACAUAUGAUCAGCAGAAAG